AUACAUCACGCUGCUGUAUAUUAACUAUGCCCACGCGACAAUAUCCCAGAGUACCUCGUAGAACAGGAAGCUAAUUCCACUGUGAACUCUGCCUGUAAAACUCGGGAAGUAUUAACUGUCUUUAGGUCUUGCAUUUUUAAUCUACUCCACUGGACACCUGGCACAAGCUGAAGACCCUUACCUUGAUCGUCAUGCCAAACAAGCUGACAGUCCUACAAGUGUCACUGUGGUGGUUUUCUCUUCUACUGGUGGGUGUCAUUACUACCGUGUUUGGACCAACGUUGCCAGACCUCCAGGAUCUUUAUGGAGCCAGCCUGAAUGGCAUAUCAAGUCUGUUCCUCAUAAUGGGUCUGUCACUUAGCUUUGGAUGCUUGGUGUCUGUAGUUCUUAUGAAGUAUUUGGAACCGACCAUGGUGCUUGCACUCAGCCUUCUGCUGGAGGGUGUGUGUACAAGCACAAUCGCCAUCACCCAGUACCUGUUUAUAGCGUGUCUGGCAACUGCUGGAUCAGGGCUAUUCAUUGGAUGCGUUUUUAACACGGUCGUUCGUCAGUGCAACAUGGUAUUCCCAAAGUCCUCUUCUCUUCUCCAUCUCCUCCUGGUAGCUGUAUCUGUUGGAGCCUACGUGACACCACUCUUGGCGGAACCGUUCCUUGGACAUUUUUGUUCAUCUCAACAGAUGAACAAUUCAUUCACACUGAACGGCUCUGAACCCCCUCUUGCCUUUCAGCCUUCAGUGAAUGCCACUAACCGACAAUAUUCAGCGUUAAGAACCAACGAGGUGGCAGCCACUGGCCCAAACUUAUCGUUCUCUGGUGGAAGAAAGGAUACACCUAAUACUCAUCAAUCUUCAUACUUCAAGGCGGACGUUCGCACGUUUUAUGUUAUGAUAGGUUUCUUAAAUAUACCACCUAUUAUUGGACUCCUUAUUUUAUUUAAGGUAAAUAAAAACGGAACAGAGGAACAGGCCAAUGAAUCAGAUAUGGCCUUUGAAGUAUUGGAUAGAAAUGAGAAUUCUCUUAAAUUCCUGUUAUUUCUGGGAACACUACUUUUAGCGUUCGUAUUGUUUUGUGGAGUGUCGUUCGCUUAUGGCAACUUCUUGACAACAUACGGUGUUGACAGUUCUCUCAAAUUAAGUGUUCAAAGGAUGGCAGUUAUGACAUCCGUGUACUGGCUGCACCAUCUGAUAGGGCGAAUUCUGGGGACUGUGAUAAGUACAUACAUUUCUCAGACACAAUUAAUCUACAUUUGUUUAUGUGGAGAACUGAUUCCAGGAAUUAUGGUCUCAGGUGUUGUUUCACUAGGAGAGAUUAGUCUUUGGGUAGCAUCAAUAUUAAUUGCUUUGUUUGCAGGUCCCCUUGUUGCGGCCAUGUUCAGUUGGUCAAGACGUUAUAUAUAUUUUAGCCCGUUUGUAUUAGGUUUGUGUACCUUUGCAGAUUCUUUUGGGUCCGCAAUGUUGCCUUUUGUUGCAGGGCAACUUAUGGGUCACUUUGGUGUUAAUGCUCUGAUGUACUUCUUUUCGUCUCAGUCGAUAUUUCAGCUUGUGCUGUUCAUCAUCCUAUCCGGUAUUGGUACCUUGAUGAGAGACUGAGGAUGAGGGGUGUAAGGAU